CUUUUGAUAAACCAGAACGGGCACUUUGAGCUCUGCCUGCUUUCAGAGAAAUGUGGAGGUUUUGAUAAAGCCCUUCUAGGGGAAAAUAAAGGAGGUUGUGCCAGUAAUGUAUGUUCUCCUUUAAGCUGUGUUGAUGGAGCCCAUAAAUGCCAGCUGUUUGCACUUGAGAUGGAUGUCCCAAGUGAAACUUCACUCAUAAUUUUAAAACCAGCAAUUGAAGAGGCGAAUCAACAGUUUCAGCCAUUCCAUGAACUUGCAGAGGAAAAGUGUCAGCAACUCUUCAGACUUUACUGUGAAUUCUUGUAUCACGAAGAAGUGAUUUCUUUUCUUGAAAAUGCUCUUGAUGAGCUUUCUUCAGCAGAACAGCCAAAUCUGCUUGGACUACAGGAACUGGAUUCAACGCAAGCACAGAGGGUCAAGGAACUGCUGCAGAUAUUAGGCUACAGCUGCCCAAAUGAGCAGGGCUCUUUGAAAAAAGAUAUCACAACACCAGAGAUAUUAACAGCAGCAUUCUACCUUGUCAGUGUUCUAGCUGGUAAGAGGAAAUAA